GUACACGAGCACAGAGUAUGCGGAGAUUGGAAGCAGCGCCAAUCCCCGCACAUCGGAACCUCCAAGUUCCACAGAAUCUCCUUUCACAAGUACUUCGACUAUGUGGCUGAUUCGCCCAAGAGAGACCAGGAAACUUCCGUUUAGCGACACGGAGAUCGAUCGCAUGGAGGUACGCUUUGCUGCUGAUGCGGCAGCAGCAUCACACUCACGCUACUGGAAGUUCGAAGCGUCAGCGAGAGGACAAGUCACGGCACAGGUAUAUUUUCUAAAAGGAAACGUGUCGUUUGAUCCAAUCACAAAAGAAGCGGUU